AUGGUACUGUGUUUUCCUCUAAAGCAGUACUUUGGCCAUAGGAAAACCGACAUCGAACCCAGAACUUUCAUCCAUCUUGUGCGACACGGAGAGGCAUACCACAAUCUCGGACAUUCCAAUGGAAAAAUCAAUCCCAAAUCUUACGACAUCCAAGAUCCCUAUCUUACCUGUAAGGGGAUUGAACAAGCUCAAUCUACUAGAGAGCAGAUGACAAGACGUUGUCCCGUCCCCAAUCUCGUCCUCACAUCCCCUUUAAUUCGCACUCUCGAGACUACACUCCACAUUUUCCCUUUCGCCAAUAAUGUCAGUAUCUAUCCACAACCUCAAAUCGUCGCCUAUGAUGACUUAAGGGAGAGUGGUGCAUACUUUUGCAACGUUCGCCAAGCAACUCUUGAUUUAGCCAACAGUUAUGACCACAAAGGGGUAGAUUUUACUGCUCUAUCACCUGUUGUUCCGCCAAUGAAAAGUGUUAUUCGCACGAAACAGCGUGCUGAAAUUGUGCGCAAGCAAAUCUUGGUCAUUUCAAAGCUCAUCAAAAAAGGAGGGGGGCUUUGGAAGGGGAUUUAUAUACAGGGUACUGGACAGAAUACUGGGCCACGAAUGCGGAUGAAACAGGAUGUGCAUAUUGUGGUGGUUUCUCACGGGUCUUUCAUGGAGUAUUUGCUACCGCGUUCUCACACGAUCCAUCCAGUGUGGCGAAGAUUCAAGCCAGCGGAGAUGAGGACAUAUGUGAUGGAUGAAGAUGGUCAUUUAGACGAGAUAGUAGAGUCUAAGAGGGCCAGACAGACUGUUAUUUUGCGAAAGGUUAGCUUGAUUCUCACUAGCUCUUCAGAUUGA